CACGGCUGAAGCAGAUCAAUUUCGAUUUUUUCUCCAUCUUUACCGCGUCGCCAUUUGUAAUUACAUCGCGUGUGCUUUUUUUCCACUGAAAGAAAUUUGCAAAAUUUUCUUAAUUUUUUUCGUUUUAUUUUAAAUAAAAUGAGUGAUUAUUCAACUGUAGCCCCGCCACAAUCAAAUAUAAAUCAAUCCCAGGCAUUUGCUGCCGCCCUUCAACGUGCAAAACAGAUCGCUGCCAAAAUCCAACCAACUGGCCAGCAACAACAAUCCCAGCCACAGCAACUGCAAGGCGGCGGCGGCUAUAAGCGCUCUUUGAACGACGAAGACUCCGCUGGACCGGAUGCAAAGAAAUUCUCCAGCCCAGAUUCGUACAAUUCACAACAGGGCGGAAAUAUGUCUCAGGCGCUGGCACAGGCAGCGGCCGUUGCGGCUCGUCUCGCCGCCACCGCUGGCAAUACGACCGAGGAACAGCUGAGAAUUCCCGAGGCAAUUGUCAGUCAUUUGGUGAUUGGAAGGAAUAGUAGCGACAAUAUUUCACACAUUCAAGCCGAAUCCGGGUGCAAGAUUCAGCUAUCGCAGGAAUCAGAACGUACUGUUACCGUGCGAGGAAGUCGUGAUGCCGUUACUAAAGGAAGAGAAAUGAUUCAACAAAUGGCCACGCAGCAUGGAGCUGGCACAGUAGAAAUAGUUCUUUCUAUAACAAUGCCACCACCAGGCCCAACUGGCUAUCCGCCAUACCAAGAAAUUAUGGUACCGGGAGCCAAGGUUGGUUUGGUCAUUGGAAAAGGUGGUGAGACCAUUAAAAUGCUUCAAGAAAAAACUGGCGCAAAAAUGGUCAUCAUACAAGAUGGUCCUAACCAAGAAGUUAUUAAACCCUUAAGAAUCUCUGGAGAUCCUCAGAAAAUUGAACACGCCAAGAGUUUAGUUUUUGAGCUGAUUCAAGACAAGGAUCAGGUUCGACCAGGUGGCGGGUUCAAUAAUUCAAACGGAUCCGGAGGCGAGUCAGCUGAAGUCUUUGUUCCAAAAGUAGCCGUGGGAGUUGUCAUCGGCAAGGGUGGUGAUAUGAUCAAGAAAAUCCAAGGCGAAACUGGAUGCAAAUUGCAAUUCAUUCAGGGAAAGAAUGAUGAACCUGGCGAUCGUCGUUGUAUAAUCCAAGGCAGUCGUCAGCAAGUCGAGGACGCCAAACGCAUGAUUGAAGGACUAAUUGAAAGUGUUAUGCAGAGAAGUCAAGCUAAUAACAACCGGAAUAAUAAUGCCGGAGGUGGAGGUGGUGGUCAGCAAGCAGAUAACGCAAAUUCCAACUAUGGCUACGGCUAUGGUGUGAAUCACACCCAACAAGCGGCAAGAGAAGAAGUAACCUUCUCUGUUCCUGCUUCCAAAUGUGGUAUUGUUAUUGGUCGUGGAGGUGAAACGAUCAAAUUGAUUAACCAACAGACUGGCGCUUACUGUGAAAUGGAUCGUAGUGCUGUGAAUCCACCAUCAGAGAAGAUGUUCAAGGCGAAGGGUACCCCCGAACAAAUUGAACAUGCCCGCCAAAUGAUUUCCGAAAAAAUUAACAUUGAUUUAGUCGUUUUGUCGCGCAAACCAAUUGGCAAUGCUCCAAAUCAUCAAAACAAUUACAACAACAAUGGUGGCAUGCAAAGUGAUCCAAAUGCAGCUGCUUAUCAGCAACAAUGGGCGGGUUAUGCUCAGCAAGGCGGUUGGGAUCAAGCGCAACAACAACAACAGCAACAGAUGGGAGCAAUGCCACAAGCAAGUGCGGCAGGGCAAGCCGAUUAUUCAACACAGUGGAUUGAGUAUUAUAAGUCAAUGGGUAUGCACAGAGAAGCGGAAAUGAUUGAGCAACAACUUAAGGCAAAACAAGUGAUGGCAUCAGCCGCUAAUCCAGCAAUACCUGCAGCAGCGCCUCAAAUGACUCCACAACCCCAAGUCCAACCCCAGCAACAGCAGCAAGUGCAACAACAGCAACAGCAGCAUGUACAGCAGCAGCAACAACAACAGCAACAGCAAACUGCUGCGCAAGGUCAGACGCCUGACUACAGCGCUCAAUGGGCUGAGUAUUACCGUAGUAUAGGUAAAAUGGAAGAAGCCGAAGCUAUUGAAAAACAAAUGAAGGGCGGCGCAGCAAAUGGACAAGCCAAUGCCAAUCCAAGUGUAAGCGCUCCCACACAACCUGCUGCAGCGGCUGCAGCACCACAGCAACCAGCGGCAGCUGGAGGUUACCCUCAGGGUAUGACUCCUAGCCAAUAUGCACAGUAUUCUCAAUAUUAUGCUGCAGCUGCUGCAGCCGGUCAACCCGGCGGUUACCCCCAGCAAGCAUAUCCAGGUUAUGGUUAUCCCAGCGGUCCACAACCGGGUAUGCCUGGUGGUCCCCAAGGUGGCGCAGGCGGUCCUCCCAAUCCUCAGCAGCAUAAACCCAACAGCAAGCCAAACGAUAAGAAAUAAAAUGUGCGCGUUUUUAAGUUAAUAUAAUUUACUUGAUAUUUCCAACAACCACAAUAUGCAAUAAUUUCUUACAGAGGUGUCACGUUUGAUGAUUUUAUGUGUAUGGAGAGAAAGAGAUAUACUUAUAUAGUAAUAAUAUUGAUAAAUUAAAAAAAAAAAACCAUAAGUAAACUAAAAAAAAAAAACGUUUACUUAGCUUCCUUCCUUCGUUCGACGCAUUGUUCUAGAGAAAUUAAUUCAAAAGAAACGAAAAAAAAGCAAGAUUGGUCUAAGUAUGUGUAGUUAUAUAAGGAGACAAUUUAAAGCAAAAAAAAAAAAAUACAACAAA